UGACUCUUGAACAAGACCUUUAUCUAGCCUUAUUUUUUUAAAGUUCAGCAUGCAACCUCACCUUUGUCCUGGACCCCGUGCUGUGCUAAGUUUCAGACUUAUUAUCUCUUCCCCUGAUCAGUGCACUUUCAGUGGGUUCAGCAGAUGAGCUAUAUUAUUGCGUUUGAAUCGGCUACCUCCCUUGCCCACUCUUCGUCCCCCCUUUACCCUCAGAUAUGAGCAGUGUAAUUUCAGACCCGUUCGGUGGUGUCGUUGUAUCGGUAUUUUUGAGCAUCCUUCUAUUGGGUGCCAUGUUCGUGCAGUUAUACAUUUACCUUGACCGCUAUCCGAAGGACAAUAUCUGGCUAAAGGUCUUCGUCAUAGUUCUCUUUGCGUUGGACGUGCUCAACUCGAUUUUUGUGGUUAUGUGGGUUUAUAAACUCCUGAUCAAUAAUUUUGGGAACCUUGUCGCAUUUACCAAAGCCGACUGGACCGCCACAACUGACCCGCUUCUGGCGGGUGUCAUGGCAGGAAUGGUUCAAAGUUUUUUUGCCUGGAAGAUCUGGCUGUUGACCAAGAACUAUUACUACGUCGGCAUAAUUCUUAUGUGCGCAUUGACAUCCUCGGCCGGCGGUAUAGCGACAAGUAUAAUCGGCUUUUUAGUCAUCGACUCGGUUGACUGGACCGAGCUCCGUAAUAAACUGGACACGCCCUCUCUCGUGUGGCUCAUGCCAGCUGCACUCGGGGACCUCAUCAUUGCGGUCGUUAUCACCAUGUGUUUGCAGCGAGCAAAAGGUUCUAUCCGGCGGACUAAUCGCGUCUUGAAUAGAAUUAUUCGACUGACUAUGCAGAAUGGGCUUCUCACUGCGACCGUCGCCAUAGUUGACCUAGGUUUAAUUCUCGGCGUGAAGAGGCAGCCUUACUAUCUUUGUGUCGCAUUCAUCUUACCCAAACUGUAUACGAACUCAGCGCUUUCGAGUCUUAAUUCCGUGCGUAAUGCAACGUCUGUCAUAAGUGUUGGUUCUCACUGUAGAUGAUUUUUGCUUAGCGGCGAUCCCACACUCAGGAUAUCGCGGACGAAUCGGGCCCUCUGGCAAUGCCCUGGAAUAGCAACGAGGUGCGUACUUUCUCAAUAGUAACUCCCGUCCUCUCAACAUGGUCGCCUUUUUGUAGGGUCGUAUCCCACCUCGAUCACAGGGGGUGUUCAUAAGUGUCGAGU